GCGAAAAAAAAAAUCGGUUUCAUCAGUAAAAAAAGCUUUGUUUUCGAUUUUUAAACGAAAAGGGUUAAGACUUGUGAUUGUCAGAUAAAGGGGACUUAUGGCUUGUCGCAGUCUUAUUUUUUCAAAGAUUUAUCAAGUCAAAUUGAAAUUAUAGCCAAAUGAGAGAAGACCUGCAUUAGUUUUUCUAGUGACGCAAUUAAAAGGGAGCUGAGCCACAUCUGAAAUCUUAAAAUUCGUCGUUUAAGUUCAUCAAAUAUGUUAAAAUGGAAGAUAGCGUUGAUAUCACUACAAAAAAAGAAUCUCACAAUGAAGGACACCAGUCUGAUAAUGAAGUUGAUAAUAAUGUUAGCCAAAAAUUUCAGUCAUGUGAAGCUAAUGUAAAUAACACUAUUGAAAAACUGGGAAGUUUAAAAGACUGUUUUAUCAUUUCUAAUAUAAAUAAUUGUGAUGAAAAAUAUUCCUCUGUCAAGAUUAGAGAUAUGGAGAACCCAGAAGAAUGUAUUGCAGAACAAGGAAAAGACUCUUUAGACAAAGCAAUUUGUGAAUCAUCAUUUAUAGAUGAAUCACAAAUUUUAAACAUUCAGGAAGAUAGCCUUAUAAAACCUGAACAGUUUGAUCCCAAAGACUACAUUUCAAAAUCUAUAAAUACUCAUAAACAUAUAUCUGAAAUAUUUCUUGACACACCAGUAAAUUUUAGUGGAGUUGUUUUAGAUAGAUCUUUCUUAACUGAAAGUUGUACAACAAAUGAUACAGAAGAAGAGAAGCAAGGGUUAUGGUUUAAAGAUGAUCUGUUGAAAUCAUCUGAUCUGGUAUGCAUGAAUAAUCAUUGUAAUAAAGAAGAAUACGAUAAAAUACUAUCAUACGAACAUGAGUUUGCUGUCCCAACAAUUAUUGAACCACUGAAUAUGUCUUUAGACAAAAAAAUAGCUUAUUCUGAUUUCAAUUUUGAUGAAACAGAUUUUAAAGAUCGCCGAAGUUCAUCAAUAAAUCAAAUUAAAUUUAAAAAGAAAAAGAGAAAGCAUGAAAAUAUAAAAAAGAUUAAAAGAAUUACGCAUAAUUCUAGAAAUGAACAGAGGACAGAUGAAGUGUUUAUUAAAGAGAAUGCAAAAACAUUUGUGGUGAAAAAAAGGGAUGAUGAAAAAAGUAUAGACUUGGAACAAAAAGGAGGCCAUGAUAAUGAGAAGAUAAGCAAAUUAUCAAUAGUAAAUGAAUUAAGCAAAUCAAACUCAGAUGCCACUUGCAUUGGGUCAAACAGAAGAAAACAUUCAAAAAAGACAGUUCAUAACAAGAAACGUCAUGUACGUCAUCAUCAACAUCAAAUUUUUGGUUCUCAAGAAAAUUCACUUGAAUCACGAAUUCUCUCUGGAAUUAGAACUCUCAAAGAUGAGCAUCGUGCAAUUCAAGAACUAACAUCAGAAAUUAAAAAAGAUUUCCGCAAAGAAGAAAUCGAUGAAAUAUAUAGUCAUCGGUAUGGUUAUUUUGCUGGUGUAAGCAGGCAACUUUAUGGUAAACAUGCAUCAAAAUCUGGAAUGACAACUCACAUAAAUAUUGAAAAGUUUGAUAAUUCAAAAAAAGUUUUUGACAAACCUGAUGUUCAUAUUAGAAUAAUUGAUGAUCUUAAUUUAUCUCCCAGAGAAGGUUUUGUCGAGCUUGAAGAACUUACAGCUACAGAUAAUAAUGAAUUUCAAUGGAAAGAAAGAGCUAGAUGGCUUAAGUUUGAGGAGGAUAUAGAAAAAAAUGAACGUUGGGGUAAACCACAUGUUGCUUCGCUAUCGUUUCGAAGUUUGUUAGAAUUGAGGAGAGGAGUUGAAAGAGGUACAGUAUUGUUGAAUUUGGAAAGUUAUGACUUGCCAAGUAUAUUUGAAAGUGUAGUUGACAACAUGAUAAUAACAGAUCAGGUGCAUCAUUCAAUGCGCGACAAACUUAUAUCUAUCUUACUUUCCAAGCAUUGCCAUCAACAUCAGCGCACAGCUGGAUUAAGACCCAAAUAUUCUGCAAGCAUCUCGAGCAUGGCAAAUGAACUGGUAAUCAAAAAUAGUUUAAAUAAUGACAAGCUAGAAGAAUCUGAUAUAGUUGAAGCUGAUCAUGUUGGUUUUGUAGAUAGCAGUAAUCAAAAAAAAAAGCUAAAAAAAAUAUAUUCUGAUGAUGGUUGUGUAAGUAAAAAACCAAAUGCCUAUAACAGGCAACUUUCAUUACCUUCAUUUGGAAAUAAUGUAUUAAAAAAAACAAAUAGUUCCGUUGGUGGAGAGGAUGGAGGAUUCUUGAAGUUAUCUUCAAUGAAAUUCCGACCUAUCAUAGAUAAUUCCGAUGAAUCUAAUAAAGAAUCGGAUAUUAAAACAAAGAUCCCAGAUGGAGCGGAAUCAAGCUCUGUUCUAGUAGCCACUAUUGAUGAUCUUGAUAGACCAGCAAUGGCUUUUGUUAGGCUUUCUAAAGGUUGCAUGUUAGGCAACUUAUCUGAAGUUAAUAUUCCUACUCGAUUUCUUUUUUUGAUACUUGGUCCAUCAUCUUCAUUGGAUUAUUAUGAAAUAGGAAGAUCUAUAGCCACUUUAAUGUCUGACAAGAUAUUCCAUGACCUGAUAUACACAGCUAAAAAUCGGGAUGAUAUUUUAGAUGCCAUGAAUUCUUUUUUGGAUGAUAGUGUUGUGCUUGCUCCUGGAGAUUGGGACAGACAUUUGCUAUUACCACUUCUUCAAGCAGAGAUUACUGAAAAAAAACAACAACGUAUUAAACUUAUGAAAGAAAAAGGUACAUAUAAGCAUGAUGAGGAUCUUUUUUUGAGAACAUCAAGUUGGUUUGGUGGAUUAAAAAGAGAUUUUUUUAAAAAGGCUCAAUUUUACCGCUCUGACUUUUCAGAUGGCUUGAACAUUCGAUGUCUGGUCACUAUUAUAUUUGUAUUCUUUGCAACACUUGCUCCAACAAUUACAUUCGGAGCAUUGUUAGGAAAAAAAACAGAAGAUAAUCUUGGUGUUAUGGAAACUCUUAUAGCAACAGGUUUGUGUGGAAUAAUAUUCAGUUUAUUUGCAGGACAACCCCUCAUAAUCAUUGGCGCCACUGGUCCAAUUCUCGUAUUUGAGCAAGCAACUUAUAUGCUGUGUCAGUACUUUCACCUUGACUUUUUAAUAUGGCGUUUAUAUAUUGGUUUAAUGGUAAUGGUCAUUCUCUGGGUAGUGGUAGCACUAGAAGGUUGCUUCCUUGUCGAAUAUUUUACAAGAUUUACUGAAGAAGUUUUUAGCGUUCUUAUUUCGUUGCUUUUUUUAUAUGAAGCAUUCAGUUUUAUUUUUGAUACUUUUAAAGAAAAAAAAAUAGAUGUUGCUAAAAAUGUUUCUUUUUAUAAUGAAACUUUUUGUUCAAUAAAAACUGGUGAUAGUGAGCUGAAUAUUGGACUAAUCUCUUUGUUACUUGUAAUUGGAACAUUAUUUAUAGCACAAAAAUUACGUCAAUUGCGCAAUAGUCACUUUUUUUCCAGCAAUUCUCGUAGAGUUUUGAGUGAUUUUGGUGUUCCUAUAGCAAUGAUCCUCAUGGUAGUUUUGAACAGUUUUAUUAAAGAUGUGGAAAUUCCAAAAAUAAAAAUGUCCAGUUCUAUUAAACCAACGUCAAAAAACAGAACAGCGUUUUUUGUCAAUCCUGUAGGCUCUGAUAUUAAAGUUGGAUGGAUAGCUUUUGCAGUUGUACCUGCUAUUUGCGUUAGCAUUUUAUUGUUCAUGGAAACUGAACUAACAGGUGUAUUAUUAAAUAAACGAAAAAAUAAGCUUCGUAAGAGCGGUGGAUAUAACUUAGAUAUUUUUAUCAUGGGUGGAUUAACUGGAUUAUGUUCUAUUCUUGGGUUGCCAUGGAUGUGUGCUGGUUCAGUAAUGUCUAUUCAACACCAAAAUGCACUUGCAAUUCUUAGUAGAACCCAUGCUCCUGGUGAAAAACCAUAUUUAUUACAAAUAAAGGAACAGCGCCUAACAAAUCUAUGUAUUCAUGUGAUAAUAGGUUGCUGCAUUUUUGCAGAAUAUUUAAUUUCCAAGAUUCCAUUGGCUGUUUGUUUUGGAGUAUUUAUGUAUCUAGGCAUUGCUUCACUAUCAGGUAUACAGUUUGUUGAGCAAAUAAAACUGAUUUUUGUACCAAUGAAGUAUCAUCCUAACAAGAAAUAUCUUCGAAUGGUGAGAUUCCGUAGCAUGGUCACAUAUACUUUCAUACAAGUUUUUUGUCUAUGUGUGCUUUUUGGCAUCAAGUUAAGCCCAGUGGCUCCACUUUUUCCAUUCGCUAUUAUGAUUAUGGUAUUCCUUCGAAGGUUUUUAACAAGAGUUUAUAAAGACGAGGAACUUAAAGAGCUCGAUAAUGAAGAUGAUCACGAGGAGUUUGAAGAAUUUGAUGAAUAUGGGACGUCGUUAUCGAUGUAAAAUUAUGUAACAUUGACUUUUUUCAAGAUUGGAAAAAGUAAAAGUUUAUUUAAAAUUUUUCUUUCAUCGUCUAUAA